AUGAGUCGGCCAAGCGCUUUUCCACAACUCGCUCCUCCGGUCCGUAACCGUUGGGUGGACCGUAACGGAGCUCAGGUUGUCGCUCUAUUGACGAAGGCUGCGAAGCACAACGAUUCGAAGACUUGCCCGAUUGCAUCUAUCCCAGUGGAUGUCAUUCUCGACAACAUCGUCCCAUUUAUGCACUAUGACCAGCCGGUGAAGAACUGCAUAUUCGUAUGUGGUGGACGAUCUUCACGUGUUAUGGACUCUAAUCGCUAUUUGAGUACGGUGGAGGUCUACGACGAUUACUCGAGGAAGUGGUCGAGAGUACCACCGAUGCGCAGCAAAAGAGUCGGUGCAGCUGCAAUGGUUGUUGGUGACCAUCUCUACGUUGUGGGCGGUUAUCGCAUCCAUCCUGAUCAACCUCUUGGAUGCGUAGAAAUUUACGACCCGUGGCUGAACCGUUGGAAGAGGCUCAGGUCGACUAUGGAUAUUCCUCGCUUUGGUCACAGUCUCGCUCUGGUUGGCGACCGUUAUUUAUACGCUAUUGGCGGCGAUUCUCAAAGGCAAUUGGUUUCCGAAGUAGAAGUCUUCGAUACUCAGACCGAGCAGUGGCUUCAACAACCAGAUUUGAAAAUAUGUCUACCGCGCCCUCUCGCGGGUGGUCGAGUUAUCGAGAAGGAUGGUCUGCUGUACAUCGUCGGCGGUGAUGUUGGCUCUUCUCCACUGCAAUUCUCGGACCUCAUCUACGUCUUGGACACUACGGUGACUCCUCACGUUUGGUCGGUACUUUCGACUCGACUGAAGGUUGGGCGUUCGGCAUGCGCCGUCGCAUGGCUUGACGAAUCCAAAUCAGCUAUCGGGGUGUUCGGUGGUUAUGUGGUGAUCGAUGGAGACUUCAAAGAAGUUGCCACUUCUGAGGUGGUGCCUCUAGACGGUUCCCAUAUCGUGCCUCUCCUUGACGCAUCAAUUCCAGGUCGGGUGAUGCCGGUCGCUCAUACGAGGAAGAUACCUGAGAUGCCAUCGACUAGAGCUGGCUGUCGUGCGGUGACUGUCGGGUGCCGUGUUAUUUUGGUCGGAGGCGAGAACCCUAUCCCUGCUAGUGCCAUGGAGGUCUCGGAUGGUUCGAGUGAAUCGGCGUCUAGUCCUGGAUCGGAGCGAUCAAAUGACUCCUCCGAUAUCUUGGCCGAGCUCAUCAAUAGCGGUGCGGCUGCAGAUCGGUCCAGUAUCUUCGCUCAGGUUGCUGCUACGCCCGACGAUCCUCCGUCGACCCCUAGUCGGUCCCAAGAUCCUGCAAGACCGGUUUCUAUUGAUGAGGCUGUUACCAGAGCGAUGCAACGAUACUUCACUCUGGUGCACAGCAGUCGCCCGAGCUCUGAUAGUGGCUCUCAACGUGAACGUGAUGCUGCGGCACAAUUGCUACAAGAGAUUACGAGAGCUCUCCGCAUACAAGCGGUGCACGCCAGACGACUUAAUGAGCCUGUGAGAGUAGUCCACGACAAGCCUCUGGUGUUCGACUCAUCGAAGUGGGCGUGGGUCGAUGAGCAGGCGUUGUUCGCUGGACGGACCGCAGCAGCAAUUUCUGUUGGGUCUGUGUUUCCGUGCUUCUGCGAGAAGGAGAUGAAAGUUUAUACUCGUUAUCAGUUGUUCGUUUGA